AUGCGGGCGGAGGAGCCGCUGGCGCUGGCGGCCCCGCGGGCGGGCGGCGAGGCGGAGGCGGAGGCGCCGGGCGAGGAGCGGAGCGGCGGCAGCUGCUGCAGCAGCGAGCGCCUGGUGAUCAACAUCUCGGGGCUGCGCUUCGAGACGCAGCUGCGGACCCUCUCCAUCUUCCCCGACACGCUUCUGGGCGACCCCAGCCGCCGGGUGCGCUACUUCGACCCGCUCCGCAACGAGUACUUCUUCGACCGCAACCGGCCCAGCUUCGACGCCAUCCUCUACUACUACCAGUCCGGGGGGCGGCUCCGCCGGCCGGUCCAUGUGCCCCUUGACAUCUUCCUGGAGGAGAUCCGCUUCUACCAGCUGGGCCAGGAGGCUAUCGAGACCUUCCGGGAGGACGAGGGCUUCAUCCAAGAGGAGGAGAAGCCUCUGCCCCAGCACCACUUCCAGCGCCAGGUCUGGCUGCUCUUUGAGUAUCCCGAGAGCUCCGGGCCGGCCCGGGCCAUCGCCAUCGUCUCCGUGCUGGUCAUCCUCAUCUCCAUCGUCAUCUUCUGCCUGGAGACCCUGCCCGAGUUCCGCCAGGAGCCCAAGGGCCCCCAGCCUGGCUUCGGGGAGGCUGCGCCGCUCGGGGACGAGACGCUGCUGCUGCCACCGCUGCCGCCGCCGAGCGGGACCCCCCCGCCCCUGCGCCCCGCCGCCGGCUCCGGCCCAUUCUUCACAGACCCCUUCUUCCUCAUCGAGACCCUGUGCAUCAUCUGGUUCUCCUUCGAGCUCCUCGUGCGCUUCUUCGCCUGCCCCAGCAAGCCCGAGUUCUCCCGCAACAUCAUGAACAUCAUCGACAUCGUGGCCAUCAUCCCCUACUUCAUCACCCUGGGGACCGAGCUGGCCCAGCAGCAGCAGCAGAAGCAGCAGCCCGGGAGCAGCAGUAACAAUGGGGGCCAGCAGCAAGCCAUGUCCCUGGCCAUCCUCAGAGUCAUCCGCCUGGUCAGAGUCUUCAGGAUCUUCAAGCUCUCCAGGCACUCCAAGGGGCUACAGAUCUUAGGGAAGACUCUCCAGGCAAGCAUGAGGGAGCUGGGCCUCCUUAUCUUCUUCCUCUUCAUCGGGGUGAUCCUAUUCUCCAGCGCUGUCUACUUUGCAGAGACUGAUGACCCUGACUCACUGUUCACCAGCAUCCCUGAUGCUUUCUGGUGGGCAGUGGUGUCCAUGACCACCGUGGGCUAUGGGGAUAUGUAUCCCAUGACCAUUGGUGGCAAGAUUGUGGGCUCCUUGUGUGCCAUUGCUGGUGUGCUCACCAUUGCCCUGCCUGUCCCUGUCAUCGUGUCCAACUUCAACUACUUCUACCACCGAGAGACUGACCACGAAGAGCAGUGCCAGUACACCCACGUCACCUGUGGCCAGCAACAGUCACCCUUCUCUGAGCCCAAGAAGGGGGACAGUAAUCAGUCCCUCAGCAAAUCUGAGUUCCUGGAAGCAGAAGACCUGGAGUCCAUGAAAUAUUCCAACUUCAUUCCUCCCAAUAACCAGGGCUAUAAAGAGAAGAAAAUGCUGACAGAGGUGUGA